AUGGCAUCUGCAAUAAUGUUAGAACAGUGUUUCAUAUGCGAAGAAAGUUUGGCGGAACGUGAAGCGGUUGUGGUUAAAAAAAGAGGAAUUAAUAAGCUUCUUGCUCCAAGUUUGAAGCGGAAAAAGCCUGAUCAUCAACGGUUACUUGAAGGAGUGGAAAAAAUUGAAAUUCACACAUCUUGUCAGAAAAUUUACAAUAACGAUAAAUUGAUUUUGGCCUCCUUGCGUCGUGACACCCCUACAACUGUCCACAAACUAACGCGCUCAGGUGUGAUCCCCAUUACUACGACUAUGGAUGCUGCUCCAGACCCCAUCCUAAAAAUCAUUCGCUGCAAAUGUACUACAGGAUCUAGCACGGGGGCCUGCAGCUGCAAAAAAACCGGACUCCGGUGCUCUGCCAUCUGCAAGAAUUGCGUAGGAACCGCAUGUGAAAAUUCACCAAAAACAGACUUCAAUGAAGACACUGACGCUGAGUGUGAAGAACAGGCCAACCUCUUCGACGAAGCUAUAGCUCGGAAGGAAAAAGACAAUGGUGACACUGAAGAAGACGUGCCAUCUGGACCAAAGAGGUUGAGAAGCACAGACGCCUGA